AAAGGAGUGGAUCUGGAAUCAACUGCUUAAAUUCUCCUCCCUGCUUCUCCGAAAUCUUCGUGCUUUCUUAUUCUUCUUCUUCUCCUUCUCCUCCUUCUACAAAUCCUCCUAUUCUCUCUCUUUGCCUCUCUAGUCUUCCCCUUUUCUUUCUCCAGUCUAUUUCGUUCUCCCGAUCGAUAUUGGUCUCAACGUAAUUAAGGUCGGGUGACAUGGCUAAGCAUACCCCCAAGAACAUCCUCAUUACUGGAGCUGCUGGGUUUAUUGCAUCUCAUGUUGCUAACAGGCUUAUUCGGAAUUAUCCUGAAUACAAGAUUGUUGUGCUCGACAAACUUGAUUACUGUUCAAAUCUUAAAAAUCUAAAUCCUUCUCGAUCAUCCCCCAACUUCAAGUUUGUUAAGGGGGACAUUGCUAGUGCCGAUCUUGUCAAUUACCUCCUCAUUACAGAAUCCAUUGACACGAUAAUGCAUUUUGCAGCCCAGACCCAUGUUGACAAUUCCUUUGGUAACAGCUUUGAGUUCACCAAAAACAACAUUUAUGGUACUCAUGUUCUUCUAGAGGCAUGCAAAGUCACCGGACAGAUCAAAAGGUUUAUCCAUGUCAGCACGGAUGAGGUCUAUGGGGAGACAGAAGAGGAUGCUGUGGUUGGAAACCAUGAAGCUUCUCAACUCCUUCCUACAAACCCUUACUCUGCUACCAAAGCUGGGGCAGAAAUGCUUGUCAUGGCUUAUGGUAGAUCAUAUGGGCUUCCGGUGAUAACCACUCGAGGAAACAAUGUAUAUGGCCCCAAUCAAUUCCCAGAAAAACUAAUACCAAAGCUCAUUCUCUUGGCCAUGCAAGGGAAACAGCUUCCAAUUCAUGGCGAUGGUUGUAACGUGAGGAGCUAUCUUUACUGUGAGGAUGUUGCCGAGGCUUUUGAAGUCAUUCUACACAAGGGAGAAGUUGGUCAUGUCUACAAUAUUGGGACAAAUAAGGAAAGGAGGGUAAUUGACGUUGCUCGGGAUAUAUGCAAACUCUUUUCUGUGGACCCAGAAAUAAGCAUUAAGUUCGUGGACAACAGGCCAUUUAACGAUCAGAGGUACUUUCUUGAUGAUCAGAAGUUGAAGUCCUUGGGGUGGUCAGAGCGAACUGUAUGGGAAGAGGGGUUGAAGAAGACCAUGGAUUGGUAUACCAGUAACCCUGAUUGGUGGGGAGAUGUCUCUGGAGCAUUAGUCCCUCAUCCUAGAAUGCUUAUGAUGCCAGGUGGAAUUGAGAGAAGUUUUGAUGGGGCUGAGAAAUGCAAUGAUGGAUCUUCUCAAUUUUCAAAUGCCCCUAACCAGAAUCAAAUGGUAGUAUCAGUUCCCAAAUGCAGUGGAUCUCCUCUGAAACCGUCUUUGAAGUUCUUGAUAUAUGGUAGGACGGGGUGGAUUGGUGGUCUACUCGGGAAGUUGUGUGAGAAACAAGGAAUAUCUUAUGAGUACGGAAGAGGGCGUCUGGAGGAUCGCUCGCAGCUAUUGACCGAUAUUCAGAAUGUCAAACCCACCCAUGUUUUCAAUGCUGCCGGUGUGACUGGCAGACCCAAUGUCGAUUGGUGUGAAAGUCAUAAAACUGAAACUAUUCGCACUAAUGUUGCUGGUACACUCAACCUAGCAGAUGUUUGCAGAGAGCAUGGACUUCUCAUGAUGAAUUUUGCAACUGGCUGUAUAUUUGAAUAUGAUGCUGGUCAUCCUGAAGGCUCUGGCAUAGGAUUUAAGGAGGAAGAUAAACCCAAUUUUACUGGUUCUUUCUACUCAAAGACCAAGGCCAUGGUUGAGGAGCUCCUGAAAGAAUAUGACAAUGUCUGCACCCUCAGAGUCAGAAUGCCCAUAUCUUCGGACCUCAAUAAUCCCCGCAACUUCAUCACUAAAAUUUCCCGUUACAACAAAGUGGUCAACAUCCCGAAUAGCAUGACCAUCUUGGAUGAGCUCCUGCCAAUUUCAAUUGAGAUGGCUAAGCGGAAUCUCAAGGGCAUAUGGAACUUCACAAACCCUGGUGUUGUGAGUCACAACGAGAUUCUGGAGAUGUACAAGAAAUAUAUUGAUCCCCAGUUCAAGUGGGCCAAUUUCACUCUGGAAGAGCAAGCCAAGGUGAUAGUUGCCCCCAGAAGCAACAAUGAGAUGGACGCAUCCAAGUUGAAGAGUGAAUUCCCUGAUUUGCUACCCAUCAAAGAGUCAUUGAUCAAAUAUGUGUUCGAACCAAACAGGAAAACUGUUGCAGGGUAAGCGUUCUGGAGCUGUGAACCAGGCAUUUAAUGGGGCUGGCUUACUCCAUGCAUUUGCCAUCAAGCAAUUCUGUUUGAAGCUGCUUUACUUCCGCAGCUUCAUUUCUAUUAUUGUCCUAAGUUAUUCAUGAAAUUAGAUAGUGAUCCCGCUCAGCCUUUUAGCCAACAGUUUGGUUUUCACGAGCUUCUCUAAUUUCCAGAGGGAAACUUAUAAGUAGAGUCUCCAUUUAUUUGCGUCAGCAAGCAUCUGCUAGCUUGCAGGAUUUGCAACUUUUGGUUUCUCUGUUGUAUGAAUAAACAUGCUAUGUUCUUUCUA